UUGUUUAGCACAAACGACACCUUGUUUUCAUCUUUACUAGUUAGAUGCGUAGUGCAACUUGAGCUCGUUGAUGCAGUUAAUCAUAUCGUUUUUGGUUCAGGCGCGAUGCAUAAGGACGAUGUUCAUGCGUUUCCUUCGACACAUCUCUCUUCCAAAGAUGCAUUACGUGAACCUUCUGGGGAAGUGCAGAAUGGUAUUAUUCAAAGUGACGAAAUUUUUUUUGGGGCUGAUGAUGAUGGCUUGUUUUCUUACAUUGGGGCCGAUCGUCUUUUGUGUUUAGUUAAUUGUCUUUUACAGUCUCAUAGACUAGCGCAAAAGUUCAAUGGAAAUAACGCUCAGAGAACAUUAUUGUGGAAGGCUGGAUUCAAAGGUAGAAGUAAGCCGAAUUUGUUGCGUCAAGAAACUCAUAGCGUUCGAUCUGCUCUAGGAAUUUUGUACAGAUUAUAUUCUAUCUCAAGUGUAGACAGAAAACUUGACGUAAAAAAGGAGCUAAAAAGAAUUGUCUGUGAUGCAAUAAAUUACUUCCUCGAACUUAAUACUGAUCAACAUAAACAGGCUUGGAAUUUAGUGCUUCAUCUAAUUUUGGAUUGCUCGUCUUCAUUUAAUGACGCGCAGCUCUUGGACUUGGGAAAAGAUUACGCUUUGGAUAUUUGUCGCCUGGUACAGUGCGACAUGAAAGAAGAGUUGAGGUCAAAACUUGCUAGAGUUCUACAGAAGUGCAUUAGUGUAAAUUACAUGUAAUA